CCUGACCAAUCCACCUGUGUAAGACAGAGGCAGCAGAGCAGGAGGCAUUUUCUCCUUCAACAAAGAGAAACGGGAAGAAAGCAUGACAUCAUUUGUUCCACAGUCUCUUUCACCUCAGUUCCACAGCAUGGGGCAGGAGUCCCAAGAGUUCAGCCUGUACGGUGACAACUUCUACAGCGCCCAGCAUGUGCCUAGCCCACAACAAACCCUGCCAUCCGCUUACGAUUUCGGAGAAUACGCAGGGCAGACCUCCAACCCUUACCUGUGGUUCAACGGGCCAGGACUCAGUCCAGCUCCUUGCCUCACCACAGGGCCUCAGCACUAUGGGAUGGCGAAGCAGUAUGUGGGCGCAAGUGGAAUCGGAGGCUCAGAGGGUGCCUUCAGCUGGUUCUCUCUGCCAUCCCAAGAAGAUCUGAUGAAACUCGUGAGACCUCCCUACUCGUACUCUGCACUUAUUGCGAUGGCAAUACAUGGAGCUCCAAACCGCCGGCUCACCCUCAGCCAGAUCUACCAGUAUGUGGCUGACAACUUUCCUUUCUACAACAAGAGCAAAGCCAGCUGGCAGAACUCAAUCCGGCACAAUCUCUCGCUCAAUGACUGCUUCAUGAAAGUGCCCAGAGAUGACAGCGAUCCAGGAAAAGGCAACUAUUGGACUCUUGACCCAAACUGUGAGAAGAUGUUUGAUAAUGGAAACUUCCGGCGCAAGAGGAAGAGAAAGUCGGACUCUCAGGCUGAAGAGGAGGGAAAAGGGUACUCUGGAUCAGACUCUGCUCUGUCCAGUCCUAAAAACCCCAGCGACUCCUCGGAGAGAGGAAACUCUCCAAUCUCCACAGAUCAAGCUCCGUGUCUCAACAGCUUCCUAAAUCAAAUGGGGGAUGUGGCUUCAGGAUCCAGAGAGGCUCUCCUCCCUUCUCCUCUGGCUGUCCCGCUGAGCCAAAGGUCAUCUCCGACUGGGGUCUAUGGCUCAUACUCACCGAACGCAACCAUGCCACAAUGGGAAACCCAAAUCCCUCAAUCCAGCAUCUCAUCCACUCCCUACAAAGAUGGCUAUAGUGACUCAAUGCUGAACCCGUACAGCAGCCAGCUCUAUCCAGUGCUGGGAUCCUCUGAUUUGCUGUAUCCACGGGAGGGAUCUGAGGUGUAAUGUGGGACAUAGCAUUGUCGGGUAUGAACCAAGGCCCCAGGCACUUGAGGGAGCGGCCGGCCUGCAUGGUGAGCCCAGUUCUCAUCGCGGUGCCUGAGUAAGCAGGUCCGAGUGGACGCAAAGAAGAUUCCCUUUAUCAGACAGUUGUGUGAAUGCUCUCACGCGCUCUUCUAAGACUAACAUGCUGACAUUGUCAAUUCAUGUUGCGCUCAGAGAUGGCAGCAAUCACCCCAGGCUACUGCUCCCAGUCAUGAUUUAUUUUAUCUGUGUUGUGGUUUUUGUUUUGUUAUUGCAAUACAAAUUGAAGCCUGGAACAUUUAAAAUGCACUGAACUUUGACAUAAAUGUGACUUUGUUCGUUGUUCAAUAUUUUGUAUCUGUAAUGUGAUUGUAAUAUAUACAUAUAUAUAUAAUGUAUUUGGCAAAAUAAACAUGGAUAUUUGCUACCA